CCAUUUGGAGGAAUGAACAUUAUCUUCACAGGAGAUUUUGCUCAGCUAUCACCUGUGAAUGGCAAACAAUUAUAUGCCCACCUCAACCUCAGGCGCUGUGCAACAACACAAGGACAAAAGAGUAUAUUUGGCAGGCUCCUCUGGCUAUCAACAUACACUGUGGUAUUAUUAAUGAAAAUAAUGUGUCAGUCAGGUUCAGAGAACGAACGAUUUGUCGACUGUCUCACACGCCUGCGUCAAGGAAAAUGUACUUUAGAUGAUUAUCAACUCCUGCAAACAAGAGUCAUUACCACCAAUGCAGGACAUACAGAUGACUGUGAAUGGAAAGAUGCACCAAUCAUUAUCUGUGACAAUGAGAGCAAAGAUGAACUAAACAUUAGAAUGAUGACAGCAUUUGCACAAAGAACAGGAUGCACUCUUCACUGGUACCAUUGCAUGGACAAG